AUGUGGGCUUCAUGCUAUUAUCGACCGGAGAAUGAAACUUUGUAUAGAUCAAAUACAAAUUGGAAUCGAUCGAUAGUAUUUUGGUAUAAGGACAAGAAGAUCAAGUGCAAAAUCUCUUUCCACUCAACCAAAGGAAUACCAAUUCUUUGGUGUAAGGACAAAUAUAAACGAAUGUUACCAAUGGCUAUCUACCAUUCGAUUUGUGAGAUUUUCUCAAUCUCUCCAAUUAUUCAAAUCAAAUUCGAUAUGUCUCGAUUAUCCGAGUUCCCUGAUACAAAUGAAAUUGACAAUGUAAUAACUGGAUGUAGAGAUAAAGAUCAAAUAGAGGAAUUUCUCAAAAAUGUCAUUAUUAGAAAUGCAACACAACUUUGGUUAGGAUCCUGUCAAUUAAGUGUAGACAGUGUAAUAUUGUCAUUGGAGCAUGCUUUAUUCUGGAGCCCAAAAUGGCUUAUCAAGGAACAUUUAAUUAGUUUCCGAGGACAGACUGCUUUAUUUGUUGAUCCGAGGACAAUUGGAACUGAUGAUUUGAUAGAUUUUAUUCUUCAUUGGCAGCAAGGGAAAAAUAUGAAAUUGGAAUCUUUAGUUAUUAUAUUAAAUGACUACGAGCCGCUGAAAUUUGAUAAGGAAAAAGUGUUCGAGAAGUUAGAUGCGAAUCCGUGGAAUCCAGAAAGGCGAGCGGGACGAUUUAAGAAGUCGACGGCGUGA